UUCUCUACGGGCGUUUUUGAGAUUUUGACAAAUCCCCAUCUCUAUCCUCGACUCUCCUUCAGGCGCUUUGUGCGCGUUAAUUACUCGCGGAUUUGAGUACAUCAUCCAUUUUCUUUGCGAGGUGAAGUUCGGUUUCCAAAAAAAAUAAAAUAAAAUAAAAAAUCGUCCCGAUAGUCCGAUACAACUAUCUCUUCCUGUGCAGCUGUUAUCCCAACCUUGAUGGCUACCCAGAAGCAAAUUGUUCGAUUAGGUAUGCGAGUGCUCAAUGCAAAUAGGUUUUCUGGUUCAGUCAGCCAUUUCGGAUCGCCUUGGAAUUCUUCCCAGAAUAGGUUUGAGUAUCGGCAGAUCUCACAACUGGCUAAUGGAAAGCGUGCCUGUCUUGUGGAUACAUUAGCUCUGGUUAAGAGUUUAGAAGCACAAGGUGUGCCUUCAAAACAAGCAGAGGCUCUAACUUCAGCUAUUAUUGUGGUUUUGAAUGACAGUUUAGAAAAUGUGUCUCAUUCAUACGUUACAAAAGGCGAUAUGCAGAAAUCUGAAAUGAUUCAAGAAUCAAACAUUUCUAAAUUCAAAUCUGAAGUACAGAGUUCUCAGGAACAUCAUUUUUCUAUGCUUCAACGUGAGACAGAAAAGCUUCAGAAUGACAUUGAGAAAAUGCGUAGUGAACUAAGGUACGAGAUUGACAAGCUUACUGCUGGUCAGCGUUUAGAUUUAAAUCUUGAAAGAGGCCGCACUCGCGAUGAGCUUGCAAAUCAAAAUGCAGAAACUACCAAUCUUCAUAACAAGCUUGACCGGGAAAUUCAUUCAUUGAGGGCCCAACUUGAAGCUGCAAAAUAUGAAGUGAUCAAAUAUUGUAUAGGUACACUUGUUUCCAUUUCUGCCGUUGGUCUUGCUAUUGUUCGCUUAUAUUUGUAAUCCAAAAGUAGAGGUUUGAUAUUGACUAACAUGUAAUUCCUUUGGGGUCUUGAUUUUUCGUGGAAAAUUCUUUUGAAACAAAUAUAACUUGCAAUGUAGCAUUACAUUUGAAUUUUAAACUUGAAAGAUGUGCAGUUAGAUGACAGGUAUUUUUCA